AUGAUCGAGAGGAUGCAGAGUUGCAGAAUGGAUGAGCAAAGAUGCCCCCUUCCUCCCCCCCUCAAAACAGAAGAGGACUACAUCCCUUAUCCCAGCGUUCAUGAGGUUCUGGGCCGUCGUAGCCCUUUUCCACUCAUCCUGUUGCCCCAGUUUGGAGGUUACUGGAUUGAGGGGACCAAUCAUGAGCCUAAAGAUCCACCAGAGGCAGAUCAACCUCCCUGUCCUACCUCCCACAUCAAACUGGAAACCAAUAGCACCGCCAAGAUCUACAGGAAACAGUUCAUGGGCAAGGAACACUUUAAUUAUUACACCAUGGAUGCUGCCCUGGGCCACUUGGUCUUCUCCAUGAAGUAUGAUGUCAUUGGGGAUCAAGAGCAUCUGCGCUUGAUGCUUCGCAACAAGUUUAAAACCUACCAUGAUGUGAUCCCCAUCUCCUGCCUUACCGAGUUCCCCAAUGUGGUUCAGAUGGCCAAGCUUGUUUGUGAAGAGGUAAACGUGGACAGGUUUUACCCUGUCCUCUACCCAAAGGCAUCAAGGCUAAUUGUCACCUUUGAUGAGCAUGUGAUCAGCAAUAACUUCAAGUUUGGGGUUAUUUAUCAAAAGUUUGGCCAGACAUCAGAGGAGGAGCUGUUCGGCAACAUGGAAGAAAGUACUGCCUUUGUCGAGUUCUUGGAGUUUCUGGGUCACAAGAUUGAGCUUCAUGACUUUAAAGGGUUUCGGGGUGGGCUGGACGUCACUCACGGGCAGACAGGGACAGAAUCUGUCUACACAAGUUUCCAUAACAAAGAGAUUAUGUUCCAUGUGUCCACCAAGCUGCCUUACACAGAGGGAGACUCGCAGCAGGAAGAGAACACGCCCUUUGUACCAGACAUGAUCCAGUCCAACUUCCUGCAUGCGUAUGUCGUGGUUCAGGUGGAGGACGCUUGCACAGACAAUGUCACCUACAAGGUGUCUGUGACAGCGAGGGAUGAUGUACCUUUCUUUGGGCCUGCUCUGCCUGACCCUGCCAUCUUCAAAAAGGGCCCAGAGUUUCGAGAGUUCCUCUUCACCAAGCUCAUCAAUGCAGAGUACGCCUGCUACAAAGCUGAGAAGUUUGCUAAGCUGGAGGAGCGCACUCGUUCAGCCCUGUUGGAGACUCUGUAUGAGGAGCUGCACAUCAACAGCCAGUCCAUGAUGGGUAUGGGUGGAGACGAAGAUAAGCUAGAGAACGGGGGUGGAGGAGGAGGAGGCUUCUUUGAAUCCUUUAAGCGGGUCAUCCGCAGCAGAAGCCAGUCUAUGGACGCCAUGGGCCUCAGUAACAAGAAGUCAAACACAGUCUCCACUAGUCACAGUGGCAGCUUUACCCACAAUCCCGCAGAGAGCCCCAAAACCCCAGGGAUUUCAUUGCUUGUCCCAGGGAAAAGUCCCAGUAGAUAUGGACGACGGGGCAGUGCCAUAGGGAUAGGAACCAUAGAAGAGUCAUUGAUAAUUCCUGGAAAAAGCCCAACCAGGAAAAAGUCUGGGCCCUUCGGCUCCCGUCGCAGCAGCGCCAUUGGCAUCGAGAACAUUCAGGAGGUCCAAGAGAGGAGCCGGGAGGUGUCACCCUGCACCCACAGGACACCGGACAGCAGCCUCUUGUCGCAGGAAAACAAAUCAGACAACUCGUCCAAUCAUAGUUCUCCAGAGUUUGCUGCUACUAAGAACAGGGCGCCGUCUAUCCCCGAGGCUCAGGACCUUUCCCGCUCUUCCUCCAACGCCAGCAGCUUUGCCAGCGUUGUAGAGGAGCACGAGAACGAGCAUGAGGCCGAGGAGGAGUACGACACUGGACUGGAAAGUGCGUCCUGUGUUACGCCACUCAAGAAAGACUCAUUUUUCUACAGCUCUGGGGUGGAAGACAGCACAUGCAGUACCAGCCAAGGAAGUUUUUCAGCUUCUCGUCUUGAGCAGCAACCCGACGGAGUGAAGGCAUCAGAGCCAAAAGCGACAGACAGCCGGCCCAAGACAGAGCGCCCCCCGCAGGAGCACAAGUCCUCAACGGACUGUUAGCCACGCCCCACUGAU